AUGACAAGUAAUCAAUUUGAGUGUCAAUUCUGCACAGCAUCCCUUCUUGGGAAGAAGUAUGUACUCAAGGAUGAUAAUCUAUACUGUGUCUCCUGCUAUGAUCGCAUCUUUUCUAACCAUUGUGAGCAGUGCAAAAGACCAAUUGAAUCAGAUUCAAAGGAUCUUUGUUACAAAAACCGUCACUGGCACGAAGGCUGCUUCAAGUGCACCAAAUGCCAUCACUCUCUGGUAGAAAAGCCUUUUGUCGCCAAGGACGAGCACCUGCUGUGCACAGACUGCUACUCUAAGGAGUGUUCCUCCAAGUGCUUCCACUGCAAGAGAACCAUCAUGCCAGGUUCUCGAAAAAUGGAAUUUAGGGGCAACUACUGGCAUGAAACCUGCUUUGUGUGUGAGCACUGCCGACAGCCAAUAGGAACAAAGCCUCUGAUCUCGAAAGAUAGUGGCAAUUAUUGUGUGCCAUGCUUUGAGAAGGAGUUUGCUCACUACUGCAACUUCUGCAAGAAGGUGAUAACUUCCGGAGGAAUAACCUUCCGUGACCAGAUAUGGCAUAAAGAGUGUUUUCUGUGCAGCGGCUGCAGGAAAGAGCUUUGUGAGGAGGCAUUUAUGUCCAGGGAUGACUUCCCAUUCUGCCUAGAUUGCUACAACCAUCUUUAUGCUAAAAAGUGUGCAGCCUGCUCCAAACCCAUCACUGGUCUCAGAGGUGCCAAGUUCAUCUGCUUUCAAGACCGCCAGUGGCACAGCGAGUGCUUCAACUGCGGAAAGUGCUCCGUGUCCUUGGUGGGCGAAGGGUUCUUGACCCAGAACAUGGAGAUCUUCUGCCGCAAGUGCGGCUCCGGGGCAGACACCAACUUGUAG